AUGUGUCUUCAGUCAGAGGAAACACAGUGUGAAAAAUACCUGUGGCAGGAGUUUGACUUUCUUAAGGGUUUGAAAGACAAUGGGAGUGGCUGUGGCACAGAGAAUCUCCGAAGGGUGAAAGGGAAGCAGGAGAUGCGUCAUGCUGCAGUGUCUACUGAGAGUGAAUUCUUUUUUGUAAAAGUUUUCAAUAAGAAGCUCAAGGAUAAAUUCACUCCAAGCAAAAUAAUUAUGAUAUCAAAAUAUUAUUGGCACAGUUGUUUCCUGGAAAUGAUGCUGAUUUCCCUGGUGUGUGGCACUGAAUUUGACCAGAUCAGUGUCUCAAAGCAUAUUAUCAGAAAAGAUGGUAGUACCAGAAAGGUCAAUAAACUUCAAUUUCAGCCCCAGAGAACAACUUGUGAAUGGGCUAUUACCAAAAGUUUCGUGUUGAUUUUAUCUUUGCACAGAGCAGAACAGAAGGAUCAUAUAUUAUGUGACCUAAAUGACAGCACAGGAACGAUAGAAGUAUUGAUGCGAAAAGAGAAGAAAAUUCAGUGCAAGGAACGGAACAAACUUCAACUUACAUUCUUAGAGUUAUCAAAGACUGGCGAAAAACUAUACCUGAAAUCUAGAGUUCAUACAAAAUGGACAGGUGUUAUUGUACAGAAUGUGGAAGACCCUGAUACGUAG